AUGCCCUGGGAAAGGGGCCAAGAGUCUUCCCUGUGGGCCUGUGCUAGGGCACCCUGGGGACAGAGCGACUGUAAGCAUGAAGAGGAUGCAGGUGUGAGGUGCUCAGCUGAAAGGACAACAGUUUCCCCAACACAUACAAGCACCAGUUCAGUUUCAGAUCCUGUGCAUAACCACUUCUCCUUACCUGAGAUCCUCUGCAUUGUCCUGGGAGUCCUUCUCUUCCUGGUGCUCAUCACCCUGGGGAUUCACCGGUGUAGAUGGAUAACUCAACUGAAAGCCUCAUCCACUGUUAAAGAUGCAAAUGAGGAAGCCUUGUACCAGGAGAUAGAAAAGGAGGAGAUUCUGUUGGACAGACUAGAAAACAUUUUAGAUGAGCCUGAAAACAAGUUACCCUAUGAGACAGGGGACAGUGAGGAGGAUAGUGGAGACAAGGAAUCUGUCUCAGGUAAACAUGUAGAUGCCUCAGGAAAUAGUUAUGAUGAUGUUGAAGAGUUACCUGCUCCUGAUAUUUCUUCUACCUCUGGGAUGGGUAAGAUGAAUAUUUUCCCAGAAGAGGAAAGUAGUGAUGGGUGUUCUCGUGAAGGCAUCUCUCUUCAUCAUCCCAGAGAAGAUUCUAACACCAAGAUGGAAGACAAUGCCUCCCCAUUAGUGUUUAGAUCAGAAGAUACUGGUUAUGAUGAUAUUGAACUUAUCACCAUGUAAUGCCAUUUUUGAAGUAAUCAAGCCUGCAGAGAACUUUUCCCUGAUA